AAAUAAAAAUAAAAAAAGAGAGAGAGAAAAAAAAAACUUAAAAGCAACAGAAACAACUCCUCCUUCCAAUUUGCAUUUCCGUGCUCCCUCGACUCCAUGUGUACAUGUGAAUCAAACUCCCGCCAUUAAUGGAGUUCACAAUCAUAAUUCCCCGAAUCCCCCAAAAUUUCUCCCCAAUUCACAGAACCCUAAACCCUAAAAUCCACGCCUCAUCCAAAUGCCCUAAUUCACAAUUACCACUCCCAUCAAAAUCCUUAAUCACUCCAACAGCCGAAAAUAUUCCGACGAUGUCGGAGAUUCUGGCGGCGGGCAAGGCCCAGAAUCUGGGCCUCCGGCUGCAAACUUUGGGGCCGUUCUUCCGAAUAACAGCGAAAAGCUUGGAAUCGCAGCGAGAGAUCGGGAAGGCGGAGGGUUUAGUGAGAGUGUGGUUGCGAGGGAAAAUUCUCCAUCUGGAAUCGAUUCGAUUGAACAGAGAAAGCUUGGGAAUGGAGAAGUCGAUCUUUGGACUCGGAUUGUUCAUCGGCGCUGUUGCGAUUCGGUAUGGGUAUGAUUGCGGUUGCAAGACGGCGGAGUUAUUGGCCAUCAAUGACUCCGAUCUUUACCAUUCCAAGCUGGUCAGAUUCUACACAAGGAUUGGGUUCAAGAGUAUGUAUGAAGUGAGUGGCACAAAGUUAUGUGACAUUGGAGACAUGUUGGUGUGGGGAGGUAUUGGAACUAGAAUGGAUGCUGACAUUAAAGCCCUUCUUCUUAAAUGGUGUACAAGGUUCAAAUACCCAUCAUCUAACCCACAAAACUCCCACCCUUUGCUUCAAACUAAUCCUCAUUAGCACUUUCUCGUGAAAUGUACAAACUUUGUUAAACUUGUAAGUAAGAUGUAUGACAUAUAUGCAUAAUUCAUACUUAUGUUGAAAAAUAUAGUGUUUAUGGGUUACUACUAUA